AAAGAUGAAGACAUUCCCGAAGACGGCAUCCCCACUCACCUUAGGGAGAAAGAUGCUUUCAGAACGCGCAUGCGCCUUGUUCAGCUACGUACGCUCUUGAUGCGUUGUCAUGUCGUACAAGCUACUGUUCACCAACUCGAACGUAAGCCUUGGGCACAAGACCCUAUGAAGCCACCCUAUUACUAUUACUCCAAGAUGCGACAUUUUGCUUAUCGAGCAAGGAGACUUGCGGAGGCCCUAGAGAGUCCAGACCUCCAGGCUCGCUGCGAGUACUGGGCCGGACGAAGCUGUGGCGGUACGCGCGAUUGGCAUGCUGCAGGACAACACUUCGCACUUGCUAUCAAACACGAUAUGGAAUACGACACUUUCCCGAGUGGGAAAGUGCGGAUAAGAGGAUUAAGACCGAAUGAGAAGGAAGACGUUCAUUUCUUGUUGGAAAAUGUGACAAAACGUCACGAGAGUUGGGUCAAGAAAACAGCCCACGCACGCGAGGCAGCACGAUACGAAUCGGAACGCACGGGUAGGCCAAUCGAAGAUUGCAUUGUUUGGGAUGGGGUAGAGAGCCCAACCUGGUUUCCGGAUCGUGAUCGCAUCGUACACAUAGCGAGGCGAGAAUUUGGUAAGAAAUUGCGAAGAGAAGCAAAAGACGUGAAUGGCCAAGAGAACCAGAGACCUGGUAUGUCAGAGGAGCAUAAAGGGACUAAGAUUUAUAAAGUGGAAUUGACAAGCAGGGAAUUAAGUGAAGAGGAAUGGCGGUAUAUCCGACGCGGAGACAAACAGACCCAGAAACGUGAAGACCGCAUGAAGAAA